AUGGGUGUUAAGGGCCUCAUAAAGUUCCUGUCGUCGCGGUUUCCCGCUGCUAUAGAGUCGACGCCCUCGCUUGAGCGUUUCGGCGGUUGUCGAGUGUUCGUAGAUUGCGCCAUCCUGCUACAGAGGACGCUACACGCCGCCGCCACGGGAAUCCUCGCGCGAAGGCGGCGGGAUUACCGCAACGCCUCUGCGUCAGAGCGUCAGUUCGUCGACGCCCGGUCGAUAUGCAGUGAGAUAUGCAACCACGCCGCCAAGCCGCUGCUGAGGCUAAACCAGCAACUUCGGGCGGUGCGCUCGAAUCGCGGCAUUGACGCCACGUUUGUCCUGGGCUCUUCCCUGACUGUCCGUGACCUCCACGUAGCCAGUCGCAGGGCAACCCCCGGAGGCGGCGUGAACGUGUUGGAUUUGCGCAACCCACACCUGAUACCCGCGCUGCGUGCGUUCUUCGAGGGCGCAUCAGAUGGCCGGCUGUAUGCCGCCCCCAGCGAGAAGCACAUGCUCGCCAUCGCGGACCGGCUGGCUGACGCGUUCGCCCGUGUCGAGAUUCGGCAGCCCGACAUUACGAGGCGGUGCGUAGAGUUCUGUUCCAGCGACGACGAUUACGUGCUGUCCGACGACACGAACGCCAUCGCUUUCGGCGCGCCCAACGUGAUCCGCGAUUACUGCGGCCGUAACGUCUGCAACACCAUAAACCAGGCCAGAAUGCUGCAUCUGAUGGGUUUCAGCCGGGAGCAGUUUGCGGACUUCUGCGUCCUCUGCGGCACCGACGACGCCCCGCUCAUACCUCACAUAGGGCCGGAACGCGCGUAUCAGAUCAUCACAACCUUCGGGACUUUCGAGGCCUUCACGCGGUCGCCCGCCCUGGACAGUGUCCUGCGAAGCCCCCGCGUGCUGAAGGGCCUCGAGAAGCGCGAAACGAGCGUCGAGGAGUUUAAGCUCAAGUUGGAAGACGCCCGCGCGCGCCGCGAGGAGCUGCUCGUCAGACGGGCCAGAACUUAA